AUCAUCAACGAUGAUCACCAACGACGCCAUUAACCGUGUGCCCACCGACGCGUGCAUGGCAUUCUAUGCCAGUUUCGCUAUUACUCCGAAACGAUUCGAAUACUCGAAUCUCGGCGAUCGUGGCGGCAGUCCGCGCUUGCAAUAAAAAUUCGAUUAAAAUUAUUUUUUUUUCACUAAAAAAUCCGUGAACGAUGGCAGUUUUGGGAUCUUGUUGGUCGCCAUGCGUUUGGACAAACAGUGUUAAAACUGGCUGUAAAGCUAUAGCGUUUUACACAGUGGCAAUUAGUAUAGUGUUAAUUACAUUAAUAUCCUAUCAAUUGACUGGUGGCGAUUCCACACAGAUAUACAAUCCGUUAUUUGAGGCUGACGUGAGAGGCUCCAUGCAAGUUGCCGGAGGCUGCCUAAUCACUUAUCUGCUUUUAUUGAUGAUAAGUGCCUUAUUAAUGGUUUAUGGCAUAAAAGAAGGUGUACGUGGAUGGUUAUUGCCGUGGCUUUUUGGAUGGUUUCUCGUUUGCUUGUUCCAGUUAAUCUUUGGACUGUGGCUAUUAGGCGGUUACUAUAUUUAUUUGGAUUCCGUGUUUGCGACAUUGUGCAAUUGGCUCUGGAUGUCCUAUAAUAUAUACUGUUGGUUGGUUGUUUUAUCAAUGUACAAAAUAUUUGCAAAACUGCAAUCUCCCAACAUAGAACUUUUGUGGCCUUAAAAAGAAAGUACAAUAUACAAAAACGAGAUAUAUAUAUAUAUAUAUAUAUAUAUAUAUAUAUAUAUAUAUAUUAAAGUCACGAAGAAGAGUGUGUGAGAGAUAGAAUCUCCAUUAAGAUUUAUUCAAAAAAAUCUACGUAAAAGAAACAUGUAAAUCUGUUGAAGGUAAUAUGAAGUUAUCUUUAAAUAGUAUUUAAUUUAUACUUGAAAAGUUCUCUCAAUAGUUGUCUAAAAGAUAAAAUUAGCCUUUUCAUCAAUUUUCAUAUAUUUUUACAAUUUUUCUUAUAUACAUAUAUUUACAUAACGCAUAUGCUUUUGAUAUACAUAUUAUUUAACGAUACAUGUAUUUUUAAUAACGCUUUUAAAAAUCGCAAUAGUUGUUUUAAGCUUCGUCAAUCGUAAUUAUGUAAUUACGUAUUAACGCGAUUAUAUUUAUAACAUUUCAAUUAAUUAUGUCAUAAUGCUUUUCUACUUAAAGUUUAUUACUUGAGUUUUAAUUUACUUUAAAUAGUAAUAAUGUACAAUUAGUUGUCGAUGAGAAAGGAUAAGAGAGAGAGAGAGAGAGAGAGAGAGAGAGUUUUUAUAAUGUAACAGAAGACUGAGAGAAAGCCUUUUGAAACAUCCGUCCAAAUCGUCAUAAGCUAUAAGUUUAUUUGGAAGCUUCGAAUUUUAUUUAAUCGAUAAAUUAAAAUAAUGAUAAUAGCAUCACGUGUUAUAAAUUCGAGGUAGAGGUCUUUUUAUAUGGCCGUUAUUGUUGUUUCUCGACGAUUUUAUAGAGAUUAUACAAUUUUUCUAUUUUUUCUACAACAUUAGUCGAGUAAUAUAUGUAAAAAAAAUCAUUAUUUGAUGAAAAAAUAAACUUCUAUUUACAUUA